AUGGCGACGCUGUGGAAUCGCGUGCAGCGCAUGUGGCGGGACCGGUGGCUGGGGCUCAUUCUCGGCAUGUGGCUGCAGGCGUGCGGGGGGAUCUCGUACGCGUUCUCGUUAUACUCCGCCGCGUUAAAAGACAAGCUACAGUACUCGCAGGAAGCCGUGGACGGCUUAGGGACCGCAAAGGACAUUGGCGGGAACGUGGGGAUUGUAUCAGGUUUACUGAUCGAUCUCAUGCCCGCAUGGGCUAUCCUCGCUAUAGGCGCCGCCAUGCAUCUGUUCGGGUACUCCAUGUUCCUCACCACCUCCCUAUUCCGCCCUUUCAACCCUCGCCCCCCUCUCUCCCUCCCGCCACCAAUCACCGCGUGCCAGCUGUACAUGGCGUCGAUGGGGAUCACCCGCCCUCCAUUCUGGCAGAUGUGUGCAUUCAUCAUGCUGGGAACCAAUGGAGCCACGUGGUUUAACACGGCCGUGCUCGUCACGUGCAUUCGCAACUUUGAGGGCGACAGGGGCGUGGUGGUGGGGCUGCUCAAGGGGUUCAUAGGGCUCAGCGGAGCUAUCUUCACGCAGGUCGCAAUGCCUGUGCGGCUGCUCAAGGGCUUCAUUGGACUCAGCGGCGCCAUCUUCACGCAGGUCAGUCAGAUUGAGAAGGGGCCUGGCAGUGGCAGCAGCAUUGCCUGUGAGGUGCCGGCCACCCCAACCCCUCCCUGUAUACGCACACACUACAACUCCCAUUCCCCUCUUCCCCCUCCUUGUCAUCUCCUUCCCCCUCCUUGUCAUCUCCUUCCCCCUCCUUGUCAUCUCCUUCCCCCUCCUUGUCAUCUCCUUCCCCCUCCUUGA